AUGGCCAUAUGGAGUCCAUCCAUCCGUCAGGACCAUGUACUACGACAGCAUACUAUGCUUCAAGUCGGUCGCAAGGUCUGUGUGUCUUUACCAGAGUUUGAAUUAUGGUCGCCGCAACUGACUGAAAAUAUGUUUAGUGACAAUAGCACAUUUUACGAUGGCAAGAAAGAUUACGAGAAAAGGUUCGAGGAAGGGAUCGCGGAAGUCAGAGAAGGCUAA